AUGGGAUGUAAACCAGGUAGAUUUGAGAGAUGGAACUAUUCUACAUCCAUCACUUUCAUUGAAAAGAAUGCAUCUACAUUUGCACCAAUUUGGAUUGGUAAUAGUAUCUUGUCACCACAAUUCUUCUCGGCUCUAUCACUCAAUCACACUAUUACAACUUUAAUGUUAACAAAUACAACAUUAUUUCAAGAAUUCAUUCCACCACUGUGCCAAUUAUUAUUGACCAACCAAACAAUCAAAGCAUUGGAUAUAAGUGGAAAUCUUUUGGCACCAAGUACAGAGUUGAAUCAAGCAUUCAAACAAAACAAAUCAAUUCAAGUAUUGAAUAUUUCUGGCAACAAAUUUAAUCAAGAUGUCCUUGAUUCAUUAUUAGAAAGUGAUUCUAUUCAAUAUUUGGUAAUCGAUAAAACAUUUGCAGCUCAACACCAACACCAACACCAAUAUUUUAGUCAAUCAAAAUCAUUGAUUAAAUGUUUUAUAUAA